GUCCUUAUAUAAAACACACACACACUCCUUUCUUUCUCUUUCUCUUUUUUUAAAAAGCAUAAUACAUAUGAAGUUUAUUGAUAUAUGCACUGCCCUUUAUGAUUACCAGUCUCGGAGUAAUGAAGAAUUAUCCUUAAAAGCAGAUGACACCCUUUUGAUAAUUGACAAAGAUGACCCUGAUUGGUAUAAAGCUCAACUUGUAACAAAAGACUUUGAUGGACCUAUUGGCUUAGUCCCUUCCAACUAUAUUGAAAAAAAUAAAUCUAUUGGAACAGUAAAAGCAUUGUAUGACUAUCAGGCACAAUCAUCCGAAGAACUUUCCUUUAAAAUUGAUGAUGUAAUGACCUUGUAUUAUAAGGAUGAUCCUGAUUGGUACUUUGCAGCAACAAAAGAUGAUCAAUUUGGUCUUAUUCCCCGUAACUAUACAGAAGAAUUAACUUCACCAAAAGAAACAGGUACAAGUAUAGACACACCUGCUUGUGAACCAAAAUGGGCAAUUGCCCUCUACAAAUUCGACCCUCAAGAUAAAGAAGAAACACAACUGGACGAGAAUGAACAGAUAUUAGUAACAGAUUAUGUCAGCAGCUCUGACUGGUGGACAAUUGAGCAUAAAGAUGGAAAAUCUGGUAUAGUUCCGGCUACUUAUGUCAAGUUUCAGGAUGAAUAUGAAGCUGAAUUAAAGAAACAAGAAAUGAAUGCGAGAAAAGAACAAGAACAGCUUCAACAAAGAGCUCGCAUGAAAGCUGAAGAAGAAGAAAGAGAACGGUCAAGACAAGAAGAAGUAGAAAGAAGAAGAAAAAUGCAAGAAGAAGCAAGACAAAAGGAAGAAGAAAAAAGAAGACAAGAAGCUUUAAUGGCCGCUCGAUCAGCGUCUACAUUUUCCGAAAGUGCUUCACCAAGACGUAGUCAAAUUCCCGUCCCUCCUCCCCCAAUUUCUGCGACUCAAGUGCCAAAGCAGGUCGUAGUACCACUCGAUCCCAACAAGCCAGAUCCUACAAAAACUCGUUGGUGGACAGACCGUACAGGUGCGUUCAAAGUCGAGGCUCAACUUGUUGCUUGUAGCAAUGGUAAGAUUAGGCUGUUUAAAACUAAUGGAGUUAAAAUCGAUGUUCCUCUGGAGAAAAUGUGUAUCGAUGAUUUAAAAUACGUUGAACAGGAAACUGGUCAAAAAUUAGUAGAGGAUAAAACUGACAAUAUACCGCUUGCACAUCUUUCCAGGAAGUUCUCUUGGUUUGAAUAUUUUAAAAAGAUGAAUAUGCCACAUGACGCAUCCAACCAAUAUGCGAGAGCAUUUGAAAGAGAACGCCUAGGGGAAAAAGACAUUGAACGUCUUACUUAUGGAAAGAUGAGGUCGCUUGGAAUGUCAGAGAAACAUAUACGACGAUUACAAAAGUUUAUAGAGACAAAUCAAGCUGAGCCAUUAUCAGACGAUGAAACUACACGGCCAAAAAUUAAGGUGAAGAAGAGCGUUACGUUUGGAUCUGUCAGUAUAAUAGAGGAUCAUGCUGUAAUCGAAGUCAGCGAUGAUGAAGAUGAAUAUAACGAUCAUAAUGUUUACGUGCAGAAACAGAUUGAACAAGAUGAAAGAUUAGCUAGAAUGCUUCAAGAACAAGAGAAUCAGCAACAAACAAAUGCCCAUACUUCUGCACCUAGUGUUACUCUGCAUAGAAGAGGUACUGGAAGACCUACUCCAUCUCAUUCUGCUCCAAAAGGCGUUAACUCUGAUGCAUUUACAAGCAAUCAGUUUAAAUCCGAAAUAUUGAAACCUACUCCAGCCCCAGCUCCAAUUCGACCACUUCAGCCUUCCCCUGUACAACAUACAGCUUCACUGCCUCUUGGACAGCCAUCACAUACACCAUCUAAUACAGUGAUAGCAGUAAACAAGUCCGGUUUUGAAGAUGAUGCAUGGACACCAAGGUCAAGCCAUUCACCGUCCAUACAAUCAUCUGUUUUCACUGGCAACAACGUAUCAAAUAGUCCUAGUAUCAACAGUGCAGCUCCACAAUUACCUGCUCGGUCAAGGCCUACCCCACAAAUUUCACAGCAGUCAUCUGUAGAUCCUCAGCUUUUAGCGAAAUGGGGAGGAAGUCCUUCUCUUGCAGCUGCGAAUCAGCAGCCAGUUCCCCCUAUUCCUUCUGCACCAAAAAAUAACAACGCUGUAGGAUAUAACCAAGCCAACUCUUUCAGUCAUCAGAACAGUCUUCAACCAAUUCAACAACAACAGCAGCAACAACAACAAGCUCGUCUUAGUCCUAUCAUGACAACUAACAACAGUUUUACAGGCACUUCGCCUUCAAUGCAGUAUCAACAGCCGACCCAGUUUGCUUCACAGUUUUCAACUUUACCACAGCACUCAAAUACUCAUGCAAUCCACAUUACUCCCUUACAACCUGCUCUACAGCCACCGCUUGUUCCUCAACCUACCACUAGUCCAGUAUCUUCAUAUAAUAUGAACCCUGUGCAACCUCAGAUGACAGCCUCGAGUACGAUGACAAGCUCAACUGCUAGCAGUAGAACUUGGGCAAAUGCAACCCCUGAUAAUCCAUUUGGCACCAAACCAGCAAACCACAAUGCACCACUUAUACACAGCCAUAGUGCGCCUAUACUUGUUGAUAAUAGCUUCCAACAACAAAGCUUCAAUGCUUCAGGAUAUUCUUCAAACAUAAUAGACCCCACUGAUAAAUACUCUAUCUUUAAAACUAUUGAUACCAAUGCGCCCAGUAUUCUUAAACCAGCUGGCUCUUUCCAACAACAACAGCAACCGCAAUCUCAGCAUCAGCCCAGCUUUGUACAGAUGCAGGCUCAACAGUAUAACUCAAUGUUUAUGAAUCAACAGCAACAACAACAGCGAUGGUAGAGAAAACGCU